GAACCGAAUACGGAUGCUGUACUUCUACUUCCGAAAACUAUGGAGAAGCGACUCCGCCGCCGCCGCGGCGGCGACGACGACGACGACGACGACGCCGACGCGGUGGAGUCGUGGGCGGAGCUCGUCCUCUCCUACCUCUCGCCGCGCGACCUCGCCGCCGCCGCCGCCACCUGCACAGCGCUCCGCCGCGCCGCGGCGGUAGUCGCCGCGUGCCGCGCCGCCGACGCCACCGGGGGCCGAGAGCCCCGCCCCGUCCCCUUCCUCAACCCCGUCGACUCCCAACCGUACGCCUUCUUCAUCUACUUCUCGUCCUCCUCUUCCUCCUCGUCGAACCCUUUCCCGGACGCCUCGGGAUGCGAUUGCGACGAUUGCGCCAUCGAGUGCCCGUGUCGGAGACCUGAUCUAGGGUUUCAAUCGGAGAUCAUGACGGAGUGCGGCGCGGGUUGCGCGUGCGGGGUCGAGUGUGGGAAUCGGGCGACGCAGAGAGGGGUUUCGGUGCGAUUGAAGAUCAUUAAGGGGCCGAAGAAGGGGUGGGGGCUUCACGCGGAUCAGUUGCUGAGGAGAGGGGAGUUUGUUUGUGAAUAUGUCGGUGAGUACUUGACGACGAAAGAAGCUAGAAAACGGCAGAAGCUGUAUGAUGAACUCGCAUCUGUUGGCAAACUCUCUCCUGCUCUCCUGGUCAUAAGAGAGCAUCUCCCUUCGGGAAAAGCAUGCCUGAGAGUGAAUAUUGAUGCUACCAGAAUUGGAAACGUUGCCCGCUUCAUUAACCACUCAUGCGAUGGUGGGAAUCUACUAUCCAUUUUGGUGAGAAACACAGGAUCACUGCUCCCGAGGCUCUGUUUCUUUGCUAAAAGGGAUAUAGUUGAAGGCGAAGAGCUCACCUUUAGUUAUGGGACUGCUAGUGUUAGGUCAAAUGGCCUGCCUUGUUUUUGUGGAAGCUCGUGUUGUUUGGGUGUGUUGCCUUCCGAAGAAACUUGAAUUUUUAUGCCCUUUUUAGUAUUCAAACUUGGAGGAAUUCUUGACAAGAAGUCAUUGAAUCUCAGUCAUAUUCAACUUUUAGGUCCUUUGCAACUAGUGGCAUAAAGAUUGCCAGUUGUUGAAACCUGCCAGGUUUUGGCUUUCUUCUUCAUCAUCUUCAUCCUGCAAUGGUUUUGCGAGCUCGAGAACCCUAGAAGAGGGCUCAUUAUCAACAAUAUCCAAUGCCGAAAUUGGUAACCGGCUAGGGUUCAUCAAAUUGUUAGACAUCGAGGAGUUGUUGGAGUAGGCUGGUUGCAGUGCCGUGAAAUUCUGCGAGCUCUGGUGGGCCGUCGCCAGGGCCAACUUGCUGUUCAGAAGUUGAGAUUGGAUGAUCGAUAACUCGGCUUGAAGCAGCGUCACCUUGAAGAGCUGCACACUGCUUAUCGCGUGCGCACGACAUGACAUGCACCGUGCCGAGAACUGGGGACUUGCCUGGUGUUGGAGGGCGAGGAUGGUGGAGACGCAGCCGUAGACGGGGUCGGCGAGGCGGGCCUGGGCCUCGUAGCAGAUGGUGAGCAUGGCGUCGCGGUGCCGCGCGGGGGGCACCUGCCCGGUCAGCAGCUUCGCCACGUUGCUCGCCCCGAACACCUUGUGCACCGCCGCGAACCUCGCCGCCGACGACGAAGCACCCCCGCUCUGCUGCUGCUGCUCCCCACCUCCGAAGUGCGGCGCGAAAACGCACCCCGCCGCGCACCGCCGCCGCAGGAACUUGCACGCCCCGCACGGCUCCCUCCUCUCCUCUCCCCCUCCUGCGAUGCCGUUUCCGCUGACGCAGCUGCUGCUGCUGCUGCUGUUGCUGCUGCUUCUGCUUCUGCUUCUGCUUGAGCAGCUGCGUUUGGCGUCCAUGGGGUUAGGGAGGGGGUGUGGGGUUGGGCUUGAGAUCGAUGACGGUACGAAUGGGAAAUGCGAGGAAGUGUGACGACGCUCUCUCCGCGUUCAUCUGUGUGAAUCUUUAUAGCGCGGGUGGAAAAAUGUUAGGAGGGCCCUGAAGUAUGCGCUAUUUUAAAAGUGCGCCCUAUUUUUUUUUUUUUGUUUUCUGUGAGACAAUUCUUUAUUAAAAGUUUUAGUAAACUCAGUAAAAAA